AUGGAGGUGGAGGAGGAGGAAAGACGCUCUCCACACGAUCAUGUGGAUCGGUGUGUUCCCGAGAGCUUCUUUGAUCGCGUAACGCAAGGGUUACGCGACGAUCUCGAACAUGAGCGGAAUAGGCGUCUCCAAAUGGCGGACACUGCCUCGAAGCAUCGAGCUGAGUUUGCCUUUGCUCAGCUUGAGAACGAGAGAUCUCUGACAUCUCUUCGUGACGAGCUAAGGGUAGCUCGUGGGAUUGCUGAUCGGUCUCGGGAUGAGAUAGCAGCUCUUCAGACCCUUGUUGCCCACCAUCGGGAGCACAAGGCUCUCUGCGAGAUGCUUGAGCGCAAGGGCGUUCUUCAUCGGAAGAAGCAGCGUACUGAUGGUACGGCUUAA